CUGUGUGGAGUUUUUUGGCCCAAUUUCCAUCGAUUUGUCCAUGAGUCUCUCCAUGACUUUGUCCAGCACUAUCUGGUCCCGGAACCAAACAACCCCGUAGUCGCAGAAGUCGGUGUUUUUUCAACUCAUGAUAACGGCAUUUUAAUCUCUUUCCCCGAACCCGAUUCUCCACCCACCGUUUGCCUUUUCAUUUCAUGAUUCCAUCUCACCCACCAUCUUUUUCUCUAUAAACAAAAGCCAAUUUCCUCUCUCUCACUCUCACAUACACGCUCUCUUUCUCAAACGCUGCCAUGUCUUCCUCCUUCUUUCUCGUCUCUCUCCUCCUCUUUCUGCCUCUCAUUUCCUCAGAAAUUACAAAAAUCUCCCUCUCCCUCCACCAAUUCCCCCAAAACUCAUCUCCAGACCCAUCUCAGACAUUCACCCGUCUCGCCGCCUCCUCUCUCAUCCGAGCCAAGCACCUCAAAAAACCCCCACAUUCCCAAAAUGCCCUCCUCUCCAAUACUCCUCUCUUCCCCCACAGCUACGGUGGUUACUCCAUCUCCCUCAAUUUCGGUACCCCACCUCAAAAAAUCUCCCUUUUGAUGGACACUGGCAGCGAUCUUGUCUGGUUACCCUGCACAAACACCUACGUCUGCAAGAACUGCUCUUUCGCGAAUUUACCCUCUAAAAUUGCCGUUUUUCUACCCAAGUCCUCAUCUUCCUCCAAGCUCAUCGGCUGCAAAAACCCAAAAUGCAGUUGGAUUCAUAGCCAACCCAAUUGCGGAAAAUGCCCCCCGACGUCGCUCGCCAACUGCUCGCAGGUAUGCCCGCCUUAUUUCGUCCUCUACGGAUCAGGUUCUACGGCUGGGCUUCUGCUGUCGGAGACCCUUAAUUUUCCGGAGAAGAAGGUGACGGAUUUCGCCGUCGGCUGCUCGAUUUUCUCCACCGGGCAGCCGGCCGGCGUUGCCGGGUUCGGCCGCGGAAAUUCGUCGCUCCCAACUCAGCUCGGCCUCAAACGCUUCAGCUACUGCCUCGUCUCCCACCGUCUCGAUGACACCGGCAAGAGCAGCUCGCUGGUUCUCGACUCCACUGGUGGGUCAGAUUCCGGCAAGGAUGGCCUCAGCUACACCCCCAUUUUGAAGAAUCCUACCGUUGGAAGCUCAGCGUUCGCCGUCUAUUACUACGUCGGGCUCCGCAAAGUCACCGUCGGGGGCAAAAGCGUCGAAAUUCCGUACCGUUACCUCUCGCAAGGAUCCGACGGCAACGGCGGGACGAUUGUCGACUCCGGCACGACAUUCACAUUCAUGGAGGGUCACGUGUUCGAGCCGGUCGCACGAGAGUUCGAGCGGCUGGUCGGCUAUUAUAAGAGGGCUGCUGACAUGGAGUAUCGUACCGGUUUGAGGCCGUGCUUUGACGUAUCGGCCGAAAAAUCGUUGAAGCUACCCCAACUUGCUUUUCACUUCAAAGGUGGUGCUGAUAUGGCACUGCCGCUGGCGAAUUACUUCUCUUAUGUGGGGAAUUCCGGCACGGUGUGCCUGACCAUCGUGACGGACGGCUUUACAGGUGACGGGUUUUCCGGUGGGCCAUCGAUCAUUUUGGGAAAUUUCCAGCAGCAGAAUUUUUUCUUGGAGUAUGAUUUGGCGAAGGAGAGAUUCGGUUUUCGGCCGCAGAAAUGCUAGCAACAUGUCGUAUUGGUGUAACAUUUCGGCCGAUAUGUUAUAUUCUUAGGUGAUUUUCAUAUAGAUUUUAUGUAACGGAAAUUUAUAUUCACACCCUUCCUUUUCAAUUCAUGCACCUCUUAC